AUGAACGUCAUGGAAAGCUCUCCGUACGAGCCUUUUGUCAGAGGGUUUGACUAUGUCCGACUGGCAUCCAUCACGGCAGGCUCCGAGAACGAGGUCACGCAGGUGAACCGCUGCCUGGAUGCCGCCAAAGCCUGUAACGUGGACGAGCUGUGCCAGCGACUCCGGACCGAGUACGUUUCCUCCUGUAUCCGUCGGGGGCCCCGGGCGGACCCUUGCAACCGCUCCAAGUGCCACAAGGCGCUGCGGAAGUUCUUUGACCGGGUGCCGCCCGAGUACACGCAUGAGCUCCUGUUCUGUCCCUGCCUCGACACGGCCUGUGCUGAGAGACGCCGGCAGACGAUUGUGCCCACCUGCUCCUACGAAGCCAAGGAGAAGCCGAAUUGUUUGACGCCGCUGGACGCCUGCCGGGGAAACUACGUUUGCAGGUCUCGUUAUGCCGAGUUCCAAGUCAACUGCCAGCCUUCUGGGCUCCUCUCGGGAACCGGAUGCCAGAAAGAGAACUACGCCGCCUGUCUGUUGGCCUACACCGGCAUCAUCGGCAGCACCAUCACACCCAACUACAUCGAUAACUCGACCGCCAACAUUGCACCCUGGUGCACCUGCAACGCCAGCGGGAACCGGCAGGAAGAAUGCGAACGCUUCCUGCACCUUUUCACCGACAACCUCUGCCUCCAAAAUGCCAUCCAGGCCUUCGGCAACGGGACGUAUCUGAGUGCCGCCACCAGCCCGUCCACCUCGCCCACCACCCAGAUGAGAAAGCAGGAGAGGAACACCGACAAAGUGGCUGCCACCCGCCAGGAGAACGUCCUGGAACAGCUGGAACCCACCAAGGUGUCCGCAGAAGAGAAGCUGUUGCACGACGCAUCUCACCUUGGAGCUGGAGCCUCGGACGCUGCCCUGGCGCUGACCGUUGACCUCUGGAUGAUGGUGUGGAGCUCCACGGCCACCAGUACUGUCCUCCUGAUGGCCAUGUGAACCAGCCUGAGGCCUUGCUCAAGACCGCCCACCAACCGAGGAGCUACUCGGGUCUUCUAUUUUCCAACUUGGGACUCAGGAAGGUGGUCGCACCCAAAACCACCAUCCUCCGCGUGGACUUUGUAGUAAGAGAAGAGGACAAAACAAAACAAAACAAAAAAGAAACUCAUCCCAUGAGCUUGUCUCUGAAUAUCUUUCUGGAGAGCAAGGAUGGUUCUCCAGCGAAAGAGUCAACCAUGAAUGUCUUCAAGAACUUCUGCGCACUUCAUCAUCGACGUGAAGUCGCAGACAGGAACCAAUUCACACAAGCGUCUUUUUCUUCAUCUUUGACCAGUGAGUCAAAGCUGCCUUUUCUUUCUUCUUCUUCUUCUUCUUUUUCUGGUGCAAUGAAGCCCUCUUGCUUGAGAAUGAGAAGCUCUUGAUGUCUUCUGGGAAAACCUUCCGAAACCAGGUGGAGAUCCAAGUUCUCCAUGCUUGGCGUGAGAUGAUUGCUCUGCCACCCCAAACCAAUGUGAUGUGUGGUAUCAAAAUUGUGCCCAGCCCCCUUAUUUUUCAAAUGGUUUUAAUGAAGUCGAGCAAGGCCCGACCCCCCACCCCACCCCACGCCCCCAGAGUGUCUACACAACCCAACGAGAAGAACCUUCCAGCCACAGUGAUCUGGUGAGAACCAGAAAGUAGGGAGAUGUGUUUUGAGAGGUGGUCUUGGGUGGGAUCUUUGCUGGAAGAUGGAAAUUGUCCACUCUUCUUAUGGGCAAUGCAUCGCUUGGGUUCGGUUGAGGUUCUUCACCAAGGGAGCUUUGUACAGGAACUGGAAAUUCUCCUACGGGGUUGACGUGUGGUGUGUCUUUCCGGGGACAUCUUCUGAUUCUCCCCGGUCCAUUCUCAGCGUGGGUAGAAAUCUCAAAAGCGUGUGUGGGAUGGACAUCUCACCCAUAGGUCUCCAUGAAAUGAACAUCUCACACUUAGAUCUCCACGAGAUGGACGUCUCACACUUAGGUUUCAAAAUUGGGGGAGGGGGGAGGUGUUUUCAAAAGCAAACCCAUCACUGUUGGUGCCUCCGAGUCUUGGCCAUCCAAUCUACGAUGGUAGCAACCUGGAUUUCAAAGCCGAAUUGUGUUUCUCGACCGAAAUCACCACUCCGUUCAGCCUGAGUUGAUUUCCCGGAGAAGGUCGGUGCUUUGAGCCGAGGCUAAAUGAUUAAACGAGAACAGAUGGUCUAUCUGGAUUGAUCCCUGCCAAUUUCACAGCCCCUGCUCACCCCUCGACCUCACCAGGAGGCACCGAAAGCAGCACCAACCGAGAGCUUCGUAAUAAGCGGCUUUCCAUCCUGUCUCAAUCACGGCAAUGAUGGAUGAGCGUCAUGAUGUCCCACCACCACGUUCAGACCAUAAUUAAUCCCAGCUUGGAGCUAUCCGGCCUUUGAAACCGAGAGGGGAUUUGAGGUUGUACGG